AUGCCCAGUUCAAAUCACCCGGUGCGAGCUUCGCCCCAACCCGAGCAGAGUCUCAUCCUCGACGAUGAUCUCCCAGCCUCUUUAUUGGAAAAUAUUGAUCUGGAAGAGUGGUACGGCGAUAUCGAUGACAUUGGGCAUGAGUCACAUCAUGUUCACACAUUUUUCCAGCAACUCCUCUCACAUUGGAUUCAAACCUCGACGAUCGGCUCCAUUCGGCUCCCGCAAAAUAUGCACGAGUUCCCAUAUGAGUCAAAACCGGAUUUGGCCAUGUGUUAUGGUUCAAAUAAUCAGCCGCCAUAUAUUCUUCUCUUUCUGGGGGAGGAAAGUGAGUUCCCUGAUCGUGAGGGGCUGGCAGAAAGGCUCCGAGAAAUGGCGACGUCAUAUUUAAGGAGUAUGGGUCAAAUAGAGAGUGAAGUCAUGAUCGCCGGUAUUGCUGCCCUUGGGAAAAGGGUAAAAUUCUCUAUUUGGACGCGACAACCUGGCAGCGAAAGAGUCGAAAUCUCGCCUUCUUAUUGGAGAUCGGGUGACUUGAGGGGCAGCCCGGAAAACUGGGGCAUGAGUAUAGAGGAUCCUUUGUUUCGAAGAUUCCUCUGCGAAGUGGCCGAAUAUGGAUAUCGCAAAGCCCUGAAUGCUUUGUACUAG